AUGAAAGCCUUGAUGAGAAACACAAACAUUCAUGGCAAUUUUAAGGCUUUCACUAUUCUCUUAAUGACAUUAGUAUUGGUAGGCCAAGUAUGCUUAAUAGUCCAAGCAAAUGAAUCAUCGGAUGAAGCCUCAUUCCAUGCUCAAAAACUUGUUCGGAGCCUUAUUCAACGACAAAAUAUCAGAGAAUUUGCACUUCUCUAUGGCUUGAAAGUGCCAGAACCAAUGAAGAGCAGUACAAUUGAGGAAGGAGGAUUUGAUGAAUCCUCUUUUGAUUGGGAUUUGGACGAGAGAGUCAAAGUUACGAAUCAUUUCGACGCUCUUUCUCUGAAUUGCAGAAAGACCGUUGUUUCAUGCUUGUACGCCCAAAAAGCAAUCAAAACUCACUUUGAACAAACUCAAUCUUUGCAAAACUUUAUUCAACAAAAGCUCGAUCCUUGUGGUCCUGAGGCCAAAAACGUUUUCCAUGAAUUGUAUUCGAACCACGCCAAGGGAAUUUCGGACCUCAUCUUCGAGGCUUUGAUAUUGAAGGCAAACACCAAGCUAUCGAUGCCUCUUGUGGGUGCAGUCGUUGGAGCUUUCUUCAUAAUGGUGUACCUUGUUUCGCAAAUGAAUCAAACCUCUGCUCAACUUGCUCAAUCUAAAAAGGAGAGUACUAAACUACAUCAUGAUAUGAAAACGGUAAUCGAAAACCACAAAGAAAAUGAGGCAAAAGUUUCAACUCUCAAGCAACAACUAGAAGACAAGAACACGCUACUGAAUGAGGCGACAAUUUCUCUACAGGAAAACAAACGUGCUAUGCAGUUCACUAAAGAUCGUUUAGAACGAUUGGAAAAUGAAAAACAAGACUUGGAAAAAAAGAAUAGAGAUCAAGAAAAACAGAUCAAAGAUUAUACGAGAGAGUGCUUGCAGAGAGAUGCAAAAUGGAAAGAAUCUAACAAACAGUUGGAGAAGGACCUUUCACAAAUGUCGCAAGAAGUCAACAAGUUGAGACAGGAAAAUAAUUCUGCUUCACAAGUCAUUUCAUCAUUGGAGUUUGACAAGCUGCAACUAAUGUCAAAAGUUGAAGAUGAUACGUUAACUGUCUCAAAACUUAAGAAUGAAGUUAACAACGUCAGAAAGCAACUACUAUCACAGAUCGAACAGCAUACUGCAGUAGUGUUAUCCAUGCAGAAAGAAAUUUCUAAACUUCAAACCGAAAUAACAAACAAAUCUAUGGAAUAUAACAAAAUUUGGUCGGAACUCAACACUCUCAACGUAGAGAAGAGUGAAUUGGAAACAGACAACAAAAUAUUUGAGAGCGAAAACAAGAAUCUCAAGGAAUCAUUGAAUCAUGCUUUGAAAGAUCUAUCUGUAGCAAGAAGCGAAUUGAAAUCUAAAAGUGUCGAUACUGAAAAGCUUGAAAAGCAUUUACAGGACACUAAACAACAGUACGAUCACACACUUCAGCUAAUGGAUGAUCUUAAAUCAAAAUUACAAGUUCAGGAAUCGGAAUUAUCAAAUGUUAAACAUACGUUGGAAGAACAGAACGAGAGAUUGACCGGUGAAAUUUCAAAGCACGAACAAGAAAACAUGCGCUUGACACAUAUUGUCGAGAAGUAUAGACUGGAAAUUCAAAUGAAAGAGAAAGAAAUUGAAGAAAAAGAUCAAAUUAUCUACAGUCUUAAAUCAGAAUGCAUUGUCAUUGAAGAUCUACGAACAGAAAUUACAAAAAAGAGCUCUACCUUAGAAGAAAAGAUUAUGGAGAUGGGUAAACUUCAACAAGAUUUGAUACUGCUCAAAAAGAACAAAGAUCUUCAAGAAAAAUCUUAUUCCGAAUUAGGGUCUGCAUUGAAGAAGCAACAAUCUGAAUAUGAAGAAAAAAUUACUUCACUUACCAGAGAAUUGGAUGAAGCUACCUCUACAGCAGCCCAUUUACUCAACGACAGUAACAAGAUGAAAGAAGCACUUGACAGAGCAAAUUUAAUGCAAAACGAAUUAGAGUCGCAACACACGGCUGCUAUUAAUGAAUUGAACCACAAACUGCAAGAAAAUGCGUUAUUAAUGAGCGAAAAAGAAGAAGAAAUCAAGAAACUUUACCAACAGAUCGAUGCCCAAACAUAUGCCAGUAUGAAAAAGAAUGAAGAACUUAUCAAAUAUAAGGAACAGAUUGACUCACAUCAAAAAGUUCUUGAGAAUAUCAGUAGUUUAGAGAACGCGAAUGCAUCAUUGAAUUCUCAACUAGAAACGAUUAGAAAUGCCUAUGAAAAACAGUUAAACACUCUCAAGGAAUCCAAGGCCGCUGAAAUUAAGGUGUUUAAGAAGAGUAUUAUGGAAUUAGAACACCGAGUGGGUCUAUAUGAAAAGAAAGUAGCCCAAUCAAACACUCAAAUUACAGAACAACUCAAGAAAAUUGACGAACUUCAGAACAAGGCCAAAGAAAAGAACAGUGAUUCUGCGUUCACAACAACACUGGAACAGAGAAGUCAACAAGAACGAGAUUUGGAACUCCUCUUGGAAAAGAAAGAUACCGAGUUGAACAGUUUGAAGUCACAACUAUCUGACCUUUCUCUCAAAUAUCAAUUGUUGCAGGGUGCCAAUGCGACAAGUCUACUCGAUGAAAAUACCAAACUAAAAAAGCAAUUGGAAAAUUUGCAAGACACCAAACAAAAGCUCAUGAACAAUUACAAUCAAGAAAAGGCUACUUGCGAAAAACUGAGAACUGAGCUCUCACGAUUGAACAGUGCCAUGAAGAAGAAAAAGUAA